AUGUCAGGUGAAUCCUUUUCCUCACGAGCGAUUGCCAUUAUCCAGGCGGCUCGCCGCCCGUCGACCAACCGCAUCGACGACGCCACUUGGAAGAAUUUUUGCCUCUGGUGUCCUCAGGCCAAAGUCCCCCCUACAAGCUCAGAAGCCCCAGAGGCCUCCCAACCUCCUGCUGCUGCUGUUCUUCCAGUCAGUUACAAUCUUUCCAACACCCGCUUGGCAUUCUUUCUGAGAGAGACACGGCCGGUACCAAGAGGAAGCAAUACCCUUGGCUUGACCCGGUCGGAGCCUUUUGUUGUGUUCCAAACCAAGAAACUACCUGUGCUCAACAUCUCUUUGGGACCGUUCAACUCAGGCCUGGUGUUACCCAAGGAGCUGCUGCAGCCAUCAAGCACUCUGGAGAUACCAGAACGCCUGACAGUGAACUGGAAAGUACGGGCCUUCAUUGUUGGCACGCGGGUGCCAGCCAACCAACCCACAGCCCAAGUGCUAUUCUAUGUGGCCGGACGUGACUGGGAUGAUUUUGACGUGACCGAGCGGCUGCCCUGUGUACGACUCCACGCCUUCCGUGAGGCCCGUGAGGUCCGGGCCUCUUGCCGCCUUCGGGGUAGCCUGGCCACCUGCCUAGCCCAAGCUGAGCUGCCUCAGGCUUGGUUUGGACCUGCUGCUGUCCCCCUGGGGAGGAGGAAAAUGGUGGAGGACAUUGAAUCAGCUGGAGAUGUACAGCAAGUAGAACUCUAUUACACGCUUCAUGCCCCCGAUGCAAUGGGGGAGUGUGGGAGCGAACCGAUGGGACGGAGAGGUGGGGCCGGUGCGCGGAUCGAAGGUCCCACCCAACAUCCUCUCCUGCGCAUUGGCAGUCUGAGGCUGGUUCAGCCACCGCCCACCCAGCCCUUGCAGGAGCAGCGACUGGAUGACAGCAUCUUCAUCCGACUGCCUGAGAAACCUCUCAAACCAGGCGAGGUGCUCAGUGUCACCCUGUACCUAAUGGGCAACUCAACGGUUGAGCACUUCAUGCUUAGGGUGAAGGCCAAAAAAGGGGUGAACCUGCUCAAAACCAGAUCCAGUCACCACGAGUGGCUUGUGAAUUCAGAAUUUCAGACAGGCAGCAAACACUCCACUUCAACUGUUGAAGUUGCGUGGAUUGGUGGAAUUUUGCCCAGGGACCAGGACUCGCCCUACGAGAUCAUGCAGCUGGACUUUGAAAUGGAGAACUUUACCAGCCAAUCAGUGACUCGACGCAUCAUGUGGCAUAUAGACUAUCGGGGUCGUAACCCACCGCCCGAUUUGGAGAAGGCUGUGACUGAACUGACAGUAAUUCAGAGGGAUAUCUGUGCCAUCCUUGCCCUGGCCAUGGAUACAGAAAUCAUCAACACAGCCAUCCUCACAGGACGGACAGUUGCCAUCCCUGUGAAGAUCAUCGCCAUAGAGAUGACAGGAGUUAUCUUGGAUAUUUCAGCAAUGGCCAAAUGCAAGUCCAGCAAUGAGGACAUCAUCAAGGUAUCCAGCAGCUGUGACUAUGUCUUUGUGAGCGGCAAGGAGUCUAGAGGGUCCAUGAAUGCAGGUGUCUUCUUCAGCUAUGAGCACCUGAGUGCCCUCUUGGAAAUGACCGUUUGGGUCCCCAAACUCCCUCUUCAUAUUGAGCUGUCUGACCCACGCCUCAGCCAAGUGAAAGGAUGGCGAGUUCCCAUCUUACCCGAUCGGAGGUCCAUACGGGAGAGUGACGAUGAGGAGGAGGAGGAGGAAGAACGGAGACAAAGCAGGGGCUGCACACUUCAGUAUCAGCAUUCCACCCUGCAAGUGUUCACGCAGUUCCACACCACCUCCUCGGAGGGCACAGAUCAGGUGGUCACCAUGUUGGGGCCUGAAUGGAUGGUGGAGGUCACAGACCUAGUUGGUGAUUUUAUGAAGGUUGACAACCCACGUGUGGCACACAUGGUCAAUAGCAAAACACUAGCUGGCAGGGAGCCGGGCACUACUUUGUUCAAGGUAGUUUCUCCACUUAUGGAAGCUGUCCUUGGUGAGACACCAGUGACUGUGGUUGAUGAGAAGGUUACCAUUGUGGAAUUGAAAGCUCAGGUGGUCUCAAACCUCUCCCUUUCCCUUCAUGCCAGCCCUGGGAAUAGCCACACCAUUGUGGCCAAGACAACAGCCCAGCAGACUCUCAAUUUCUCCAAGCAGGAAGCUCUGCUCAGUCUCUGGGUGUCGUACAGCGAUGGCACAAUUGCUCCCCUCUCUUUGUAUGAUCCAAAGGAUUACACACUAGUGGUGACAAGCCAGGACAGGUCAGUGGUAUCGGUGAUGCCCGAGCGGACCUUCCCACUAGUGAGAGCUGAAGGGGAAGGGUCUGGCGAACUGAUCAGAGCUGAGCUGCUGAUAUGCGAGAGCUGUCAGAAGACCAAACGCAAGAGCGUGCUGGCCACCACAUUGGCCAAUGUCCGCGUGCAUUUCAGCUCUGAGGAGGAACCCACCUAUGACUAUGAGCCUGUCCAAACUCCUAGCCGACCUGGACGGGAGAAGAGUAUGCCUCGCACCACACCACGGGUGGAAGUAGAGUGGCCUCUGGUGCCAAGUCAGGAGAGUUGGGCACCCAGCGUCAUCCUUCCAACUGAGGACUUCCCAACCAUUCCCACUGGCUAUGUGCAAGUCCCUCGAGGACUCACAGACCUGGAAAUAGGCAUGUAUGCCCUGCUCGGUGUCUUCUGUUUAGCCAUUCUGGUGUUCCUUAUUAAUUGUAUUGUCUUUGUACUCAAGUACCGGCACAAACGGAUUCCUCCAGAAGGACAAACCAACAUGGACCACUCCCACCACUGGGUCUUCUUGGGAAAUGGACAACCGUUGCGGGCCCAGAAUGAUCUUUCUCCUCAGCCUGAGAGCCCAGGCAACCCACUGGAGAACGUGCAGACCUGCUGUCAUGGUGACCACCACAGCAGCGGCUCCUCGCAAACCAGUGUGCAGAGUCAGGUUCAUGGGCGAGGGGAUGGCUCUUCUGGGGGCUCCACCAGGGACCAGAGUGAGGACCCGCUCAAUUCUCCCACUUCCAAGCGUAAGCGCGUCAAAUUUACUACAUUUGCCACCAUGCCCUCCGAGGAACUGGCCUAUAAUUCUAUUCCUAUAGCAGACGAGGAGGACUUGGAGUGGGUCUGUCAAGACAUAGGGUUGCAGGAGCCCGAGGAGCUGCACAACUACAUCCAUAGGAUCAAGGAGAUUGCAUAA